AAGUUACGUUCCGGCCAAUUCAUCCAAUUCGAUUCUUCUCUCUAAUUUCCCCUGCUUAAAAAUUCUCAACAACAAUGCCGAGCCGAUUCCCCGGAGCCAUAGCUCAAGAUUGGGAGCCCGUGGUUCUCCACAAGGCGAAGCCGAAGGCUCAGGCCCUUCGCGAUCCGAAGGCCGUUAACCAAGCGAUUCGAUCCGGCGCAGCGGUGCAGACGGUGAAGAAAUUCGACGCCGGUUCGAACAAGAAAGCCGCCGCGGCGCCAGUGAACGCGAGGAAGCUAGACGAGUUGACCGAGCCGGCGGCGCUGGACCGCGUAGCGGCGGAGGUGAGACUGGCGAUUCAGAAGGCUCGACUGGAGAAGAAGAUGAGCCAGGCGGAAUUGGCGAAACAGAUAAACGAGAGGACUCAGGUUGUUCAAGAGUAUGAGAACGGGAAGGCGGUUCCGAAUCAGGCGGUUUUGGCGAAGAUGGAGAAGGUCUUGGGCGUGAAGCUUCGAGGCAGAUCGGGGAAGUGAGAUUUGAUAUCGAAACCGUUUAACAAACUCGCGUUUUGGUGGAUUUUGGCAGUUGUUUUGUUUGGCGUGUGUGAAUAUUGUGGGAUUUGGGAUUCAGAUGAAGAAAUGAAGGGCGGUUGAGUUGUAAAAAGUGUAUGGAUCUUUACGUAUUUAAGAAAUAGUUGAAAAAGGCAUGGUUUUCAACCUUUAAUAUUAAUAUUGUUGUUAUGGUUAAUAUUGUUGUUAUGGUUGAUA